AUGAAGCUUCCACUCUUUUCCAUCAUUACUGCUUUUCUCACUGUUGUGAUGGUGGCGGCAGCUCAUGAUGCUGCCUUGGCUCCAGAGAUUUAUUGGAAGUCUAAGCUUCCCAGUACUCGCAUGCCUGAACUCCUCAAAUAUCUCCUCCACCCAACUGGUGGUGGCACCAACAACCACGGCGUCGGUGGGAUGGAUGAAAUGCCUGAUAUUUCCCAGGUUGUUUAUCCAAAAAAUGGGUAUAAGGUGUAUAGAUAUGAUCACGCUGACAAAGGGAUCCCACGCCAUAACAGCACCAAUGGGACUGUCUUCUUUUUGGAAAAGGACUUGAAGGCCGGUCAUAAAAUGAACUUGCUCUUCACGCACAUCUACAGCCAUGCCUCCUUCCUGCCUCGCCAAGUUGCGAAAUCCUUUCCCUUUUCUUCAACCAAGAUGGCUGAAAUAUUGAACAAGCUUGCCGCGAAACAUGGGUCAGUAUAUGCUAAGGCAAUAAAGACUACAAUUGAGAUUUGUGAAGAUCCAGGGAUCAAAGGGGAAGAAAAGUACUGUGCGACGUCUUUAGAAUCCAUGGUUGAUUUUGUUACCUUGAAGCUUGGGAAAAAUGUGAAUGCUUUGUCUGUAGAGGGGAUGAAAGAGGAAACAAAGCAAGUAGAAGAAUACACAAUAUUGCAUGGAAUGAAGAAGGUGGGGGAAACACAGGUGGUGUGCCACAAACUCUAUUACGCGUAUGCUGUGUUUCUCUGUCACAAAAUACAGAAUACAGUUGCCUAUACAGUGCCCUUGGAGGGUGCUGAUGGGAGCAGAAUGAAAGCUUUAUGUGUUUGUCACAAAGACACAUCAACUUGGAACCCAAAACAUGUGUCCUUCCAAUUGUUAAAAGUGAAGCCUGGGACUGUUCCUGUGUGCCACUUCCUUUCUCGAUCGACCGUUAUGUGGGUUCCCAAAUAA